UGCAAUAAACAACGAAACAAAACCUUAGGAAAAAAAAAAGCAUAUCCUUUUCCUCCUCUCCCAAAUCCAUGAAGAAGCAUUCAAAAUCAACCAUAAUUUUCUGCCUCUUUCUUGUCUUCCCAUCCUUAGCCUUUAGUGAAGAUAUCAUAACAGACAGUGCAUUUCUAUAUCAUAUUUGUACAAGUUUUGACAAUUACACAGCCAAUUCCACCUAUGCUUCCAAUUUGAACCAAGCCUUUUACCAAUUGACCUCAAAUGCCCCUCCUUCUGGCUUUGCCCAAGUUUCCAUUGGCAAAGAUUUACAAACCCAAGUUAAUGGCGUAGCCCUUUGCCGUGGCGAUGUGUCCGUUGCCGAUUGUAGGAACUGUGUGGCCACGGGAAGUCAAGAGAUACAAGUUCGUUGCCCGUUGAGUAAAGGAGCUAUCAUAUGGUAUGAUUAUUGUCUAUUGAAAUACUCCAACACUCAAUUCUUUGGGAAGAUUGAUAACAGGAACACAUUCUCUUUGAUAAACGUUCAAAGUGUGGAUGAUAAGGCAACGACGGUGUUUAACGAAGAAGUGAAGAGUUUGUUGAUGGAUUUGGCUAAAAAAGUUGAAUUGCCCAAUAAUAUACCGAAGUUUUAUGUGAUUGGGGAAAGGGAAAUUGAGGUACUUAAGAAGAAAUUAUAUGGGUUGGUUCAAUGUUCAAGAGACUUGUCGGGAGCGGCUUGCAAGAAGUGUCUUAGUGAUGCUAUUGGACAACUUUCGAGUUGUUGUGAUGCUAGAAUUGGUGGAAGAGUUGUUGGGGCUAGUUGUAAUUUUCGAUAUGAAGUUUAUCCCAUUGUUGAUGCCCAAAGAUCAAAGAAAAAAAACCCUUAGGUUUAAACAUGACGUUGCAAUUUCAGUUCAUUCUAGUUGUUGUGUACUUUUCGGUGUUCAUGUUAGUUUCUUUGUUUAUAGUUUAUGGUCGAAUAAAAUUAAUCAAAUGAUCUACGUUCAAGUUUGGUUAUUAUACAAAA